AGCCUGCUCUGCCGUACCCCAGCGGCGACAUCGUUUAUCCCAUCAAGGUUGACGAGAGCGGAUCAUUCCUGUCCUACGAUUUGUCCCACCGAGUGCUUCACCGAAGGUCUCCUUCCCCCAGGAGUAAGUCUCCUGCCUUCUAUGAACUGUAUUACAAAGGACAACCGCUGAAAUUCAACCUGAGCCUUAACAACAACCUCCUGGCACCCGGGUUCGUCAGCGAGAGGCGAUACGGGGGGAUCGCUAACGCCAAGAUCCAGUCUCACCCGUACAACUCCUGCCAUAUGAUCGGGGAGGUUCGGAGCCGGGCGCUGGCGGGAGGUCUGGCCGCGCUCAGCACGUGCGAUGGCCUGAAAGGUGUGUUUCAGCUCAUGCACGAGGACUAUUUCAUCGAACCGGUGUCCACCAGCUUUCGGGAGGGUGGGGCGGCGCAGCCCCACAGGAUGUACAAGCGCCAGGCGCCCGAGCACGGAGCAGAGCACGGCAGGAGACCGCCAGCUCCACAGGGAACCUGUGGUGUGCAAGGAUCUCAGGAAAGCCUGCAGAGGUCUGAGAAGCGGAGGGAAAGAUGGGAACAGAAGCAGCACAGGAAGAGGAGAAUAAAGCAGCGCUCCAUCAGCAAGGAGAAGUGGGUGGAAACGCUGGUGGUGGCAGACACCAAGAUGGUAGAAUACCACGGGAGUGAGAACAUAGAGAAGUACGUGCUGACCGUGAUGAAUAUGGUGGCGGGUUUGUUCCACCACGCCAGCAUUGGGAACCCCAUCAACAUCGCGAUAGUGCGACUCAUCCUGCUGGAGGACGAAGAGGAGGAUCUGAAAAUCUCCCACCACGCAGACAACACCUUGAGAAGCUUUUGCAAAUGGCAGAAGAGCAUCAACGUUAAAGGAGAUUCCCAUCCCCUGCAUCACGAUGUCGCAGUCCUGCUCACAAGGAAGGACAUCUGCGCAGCGAUGAACAGACCCUGCGAGACCCUGGGUCUGUCCCACGUGGCGGGGAUGUGCCAACCCCACAGGAGCUGCAACAUCAACGAGGACACGGGACUGCCCCUGGCCUUCACCGUGGCCCACGAGCUCGGACACAGUUUUGGGAUUCAGCAUGAUGGAAGCAGCAAUGACUGUGAGCCAGUUGGGAAAAGACCUUUCAUCAUGUCUCCACAGCUCCUGUAUGACACGUCCCCACUCACCUGGUCCCGCUGCAGCCGGGAGUACAUCACACGAUUCCUCGACCGGGGCUGGGGGCUGUGCCUGGAUGACCCCCCUGCCCAGGAGGUGCUGGACUACCCCUUGGUGCCCCCGGGCGUCCUCUACGACGUGAGCCACCAGUGCCGGCUGCAGUACGGCGCCUACUCCACCUUCUGCGACGACAUGGACAGCGUCUGCAACACACUGUGGUGCACGGUGGGGAACACCUGCCACUCCAAGCUGGAUGCUGCCGUUGACGGCACAGCCUGCGGGGAGAACAAGGACCUGACCCCCAUGGAGGAGGCACCUCUCCCCGCUCUGGGGCAUGGAGGGUCUGGCAGCGCCCGCGGCAGCUCGACGGGUGCUGCACCGGGCAUGAGCUCCCGCAGCUGCGGCGCGGGUGUGCAGAGCGCCGAGAGGCAGUGCAGCAGCCCCACGCCGAAGUACGGGGGCAGGUACUGCCUGGGGGAGCGGAAGCGGUUCCGGAUUUGCAAUGUCCGGCUGUGUCCCCCCGACAAGCCCUCCUUCCGCCAGGUCCAGUGCAGCCAGUUCAACCCCAUGCUCUACAAAGGGAAACUCUACCGGUGGACACCGGUGCCCAACAACAUUAACCCCUGCGAGCUGCACUGCCGGCCGGAGGACGAAUACUUUGCGGAAAAGCUGCGGGACGCUGUCAUCGACGGGACGCCCUGCUACGAGAUGAACGCCAGCCGCGACAUGUGCAUCAACGGCAUCUGCAAGAACGUGGGCUGCGACUACGAGAUCGACUCCAACGCGGUGGAGGACCGGUGCGGCGUCUGCCACGGGGAUGGCUCCACCUGCCACACCGUCAAGAAGACCUUCGAGGACAGCGAGGGACUGGGUUACGUCGAUAUUGGGAUCAUCCCUGUGGGAGCCCGGGAGAUCCGGAUUGAAGAAGUCGCAGAGGCCGGGAAUUUUCUGGCGCUGCGGAGCGAGGACCCAGAGAAGUAUUUCCUGAACGGCGGCCGCGCCCACCCGAGGAGUGAUGGAGAGGGGCAGAUGUUGCUCAACGUGCUCCCAACCAGUGGGAGGGUCCCUCCUGCCCCACGGGCUGCAGACCCCGGGCUGGGGCCAGUGGUGGCACCUGCAAAACCCCCUGCCCCAGCUCUGACUGCGGGGAAGGGGAUAGGGAAGGGGCCGUCUGGCCGUCCUGGGCCCUUCACCGUGCUGAACCUUCUGCUGUUUCAGGAGACCAACCCCGGGGUGCGGUACCAGUACACCAUCCAGCGCCCGGCGGACAGCGAGAACGAGAUCGAGCAGACCGAGUUCCUCUGGCGCUUUGGCUCCUGGACCACGUGCACCGCCACGUGUGGCACUGGAGUGCAGCGGCAGAUCGUGCACUGUGUGGAGAAGCUGGCCGGCAUCGUGGAGGAGCGGUACUGCGACGCGCUUACCCGCCCCGACGAUCGGCAGAGGACGUGCAGCGAGGAGCCCUGCCCGGCCAGGUGGUGGGUCGGCGAGUGGCAGAAAUGCUCGGCCACCUGCGGCCGAUCGGGCCUGAUGAAGAGGACGGUGCUGUGCAUCCAGAGCGUGGGGCUGGACGAGCAGAGGGCCUUGCAGCAAGCAGACUGCCAGCAUCUCCCCAAACCAGAUGCCACUGCGCCCUGUCACCAGGAGAUCCCCUGUCCCUCCCAGUGGGCUGUGGGGAACUGGUCCGAGUGCUCCGCGACGUGUGGAAACGGGACACAGAGACGCCCUGUGUACUGCAGCAACAGCACUGGAGCCGCUUGUGACCCCGCAGAAAGACCCAGCUCGGAAACUAUUUGCUCCUUGCUGCAGUGCCAGAAGAAAGUGGACAAUGCCAACACGGACUGGUCUGGCAGUGGGUUCUCCAGCAGGGAGAUAUUUAAUGAAAUCCAUUACAUCCCCAGCAACCACAUUGCUAAAUUUAACCCCUUAAUUCCAAAUAUUCCGGAGUCCAAUGAUGUCAAUGUCAUCACUGAGGAGGACUUCUCAGCCAAGAAGGGAAAUGUCUUUGUUGAUGAUUUUUACUACGAUUAUAAUUUUAUCAACUUCCAUGAGGAUCUGUCUUACUAUCCCUUCACGGAGAAAGAGACAAAAGGCGAGGGGCAUAAGCCAGAGCUGAGCACCAACGACGUGGAGGGCUCCCAUGAGAUGCCCGGUGAUGUCCUGCACACUGUCAAGCCAGGAGGAGCAGCAAGGGAGGACCACCUGGUGACCAGCAGCACAAACGCUUCUGCCCCUGUGCGCGGCAAAGGAGAGAUGGAGCCUGGGGGUUUAGCUAUGAAUGACCUCCUGAGCGUGGUCCCCGAGGACGUGGGGACAGCCGCUCCCAAAUAUGCCAUCCCUGACUUCAUGGGGCCAGCCACAGGGCAUCAGGGGCCAGCAAAGUUGGGGCCGGCGGGCGAGGAGAGGAGCAGGGCUCUGCCUCCUGUGUUGCAGUGCUCGGCCACCUGCGGCGUGGGCGCGAUCUGGAGGACCGUCCGCUGCAGCACCGGCAGCGAUGACGGCUGCACCGCAGCGAACAAACCCGUCCCGGCUCGGAGGUGUUCCCUGAGACCCUGCUCGUCGUGGCGUGUGGGGAACUGGAUACGGCCCAACGCCACCCGGCCCUGCAACACACGCCCCUGCACCACCUGGGUGGUGGGCUCCUGGGGAGAGGUGAGCGGGCGCGGGCGGGAGCACGCCGCUCCUCUCAACGGGGCAUUUGCACGAAGCAUCAACACCAAGACGGGGCUGGCCGAGGAGGACAGCAGCCUCUGUGACCACGAGCCCUGGCCCGAGAGCACCCAGAAGUGCAACCCGCAGGACUGCGAGAGCUCCGAUUCCGGCUAUUUUUGUCAAAGGAAAAUUUCCGUGCUGGGCUUGGUGAUGAGAGCCGUGGAGCCGUGCAGCGUAGCCAAGGUUGUACCAGAAUAA